UUGGUGAGGUAAUGUGACUCUGAGAUCGGUGGUGAUAAGUGAGGUUCAGGUUCCUACAAUAUAGGAUCUGCUCAGCGUAUAUCUCCUAUAUAAGAUCAUUCUCCUGAUUGACCCUUCAAGGAUGGAUAGGGAUGGGGACAAGAUGGCAGAGAGUAUAAUAAAUCUCACCCUAGAGAUCCUCCUCCGGCUUACUGGAGAGGAAUACACAGUAGUGAAGAAGACCUCUAGUGAGCAUUGUCAGGCCCCGGUAUCUGAAGGACGGGGAGGAAUCCUGAGCCCAAUGUCCAGGCCGAGACCUCACAUCCCGAUACAUCAGAACAUCAACAGAGAGAAGGUCCUAGAGCUCACCAACAAGAUCAUUGAGCUGCUGACUGGAGAGGUGACAUCGCUGGGAAUGCCGGGACAUUAUACAGUAACACUAUGAUGGGAUAUGGGUGAUGACUGUAUCAUUGUGUUGUCAGGUUCCUAUAAGGUGUCAGGAUGUCGCCGUCUAUUUCUCCAUGGAGGAGUCUGAGUAUUUAGAAGGACACAAAGAACUGUACAAGAACGUCAUGAUGGAGGAUCACCAGCCACCAGUUAAAGAAGAGAGAACAACUCCCAGUCCUCUUCUUCUACAGGAUGAGAGAUGUCCCAGUCCCCUUCUUCUACAGGAUGAGAGAUGUCCUAGUCCUCUUCUUCUACAAGAUGGUUCAGAAGAACAUCAAAGCAUUCCAUAUGAUCAUCAGAUAGAUGGAAAUAAGCUUUUAAAUCUGGGUAAAGAUCUGACCAAUAUUAAGGCUGAAGAUACAUAUGUGAGGGGUGAUGAGCAGAUCAUAGAGGACGUUCCCACCGAUAACCACCCAGAUAACUGUACCAGGACCUCAGAGAAACAUGUGAUAUUGACAGAUUUUAGAACAGAUAAUUGUGGUGUCACAGAAGAUACACAGGAAGAGCAUGCCAUUAUCCCAGAUGUAUCCUCAGCCUUUCACAGCAAAGGUCUAUCAUCUGAUCCUUUGGAUGGAUUUCAAUCUUCUGAUUCAUCACAGACUGUUAAGCAAAAUAAAAGCCACAGAAGUGUUCAUCAUCACAGAAGUCACACAGGGGAGAAUGCUCUUUCAUGCUCAGAAUGUGGGAAAUGUAAAUAUAAGUCACAUCUUGUUAGACAUAGAACUCACGCAGGGGAGAAGCCAUUUUCAUGUUCAGAAUGUGGGAAAUGUUUUCAUCAGAAAUCACAUCUUUUUAACCAUCAGAAAAUUUACAUAGGGGAGAAGCCAUUUUCAUGUUCAGAAUGUGAAAAACAUUUUAACUGUAAAUCAGAUCUUGCCAAACAUCAGAGAAUUCACACAAAGGAGAGGUCAUUUUCAUGUUCAGAAUGUGGGAAAUGUUUUUCAGAUAAAUCAUAUUUUCUUAGCCAUAAGAGAAUUCACACAGAAAAGAAAUCAUUUUCAUGCUCAGAAUGUGGGAAAUGGUUUCACCGGAAAUCAAAUCUCCUUAAGCAUCAGAGAAUUCACACAGGGGUGAAGCCAUUUUCAUGUUCAGAAUGUGAAAAAAAAUUUAAGUGUAAAGAACAUCUGGUCAGACAUCAGAGAAUUCACACAGGGCUGAAGCCGUUUUCAUGCUCAGAAUGUGGGAAAUGUUUUCACCAGAAAUCACAUCUUCUUAAACAUCAGACAGUUCACACAGGGGUAAAGCCGAUUUCAUGUUCAAUAUGUGAAAAAUGUUUUUACCACAAAUCAGAUCUUGUUGCUCAUGAGAGAACUCACACAGGGGAAAAGCCAUUUUCUUGUUCAGAAUGUGGAAAAUGUUUUAGCCAAAAAUCUAAUCUUGUUAUACAUGAGAGGAAGCACACAGGGGAGAAGCCAUUUUUUUGUUUAGAAUGUGGAAAAUCUUUCACACAGAAAUCAAGUCUAGUUUCACAUCUGAGAACUCACACAGGAGAGAAGGCAUUUUCUUGUUUAGAAUGCGGGAAAUCUUUCACACAGAAAUCAUAUCUUACUAUACAUCAGAGAAUUCACACCGGGGAGAAGCCAUUUUCAUGUUCAAUAUGUGGGAAAUCUUUCAUACAGAAAUCAAAUCUUGUUACACAUCAGAGAAAUCACACUGGAAAGAAACGAUUUUAAUGUUCAGAAUGUGAUAACGAGAGAUGAAGGAACUUUUCAAAAAUUUAAUUCUGCAGCUUGGUCAGGAAUUCGAUAAGGAAUUUGAUUCAUUCUGAAUUAAUUUGUCAUGAAUAACUAUGUUAAAACCCCAUUCAGCCUGUCAAUCAGUGGGAUCAUUUUUAACGUUAUAAAACUACAACUCCCACCAUGCCUUGCUGUAGGCUGAUAGCUAUAGGCUGUCUGGGAAUGCUGAGAGUUGUAGUUUUCCAACAGUUGGAGGACCGCACGUUGGGCAUACCUGCGCUACUGCAAUAUGGCCUUUUGGGUUAAAAAAAAAUCACUCACCUCAUCCAUUUGCUCGCACAGAGGCAGUCUGCCCUACUGAAGUACCUGCGCUUAGUGUGAUGACAUCACCGAGUGAUCAUGCUGGGAGACCAUGCUGGACAGAAGCCUCCACCUGGCAGCCCUAUGGAGAGCCCGAUAUGUCACCAGAUCUCCUAAAAAUACUUUUUCCCUGCGCGAUUCAAAAUGCUC